GUCCACCAUAGCCACUACUGCUGUUGUUGCUCAAUUGCUCGCCUAAACCCGACCUUACUGAAAAGUGCAUGUGGCCACUAGGACAAACAGCGCAACAAUUGUACCGUUAGUUAGCAGGACGGCGAGCUUAGGCAGAGGCUGUAUACGCGGAAGCGCACAGCGCAAGGCGUUUGAGCGAGGGAUUCACAUUGCGCAGUUGGGACAUAGCCAGAAAUCGCGAUUCCUUGCAAGGCACCGGUGUGGUGCUUCCUUACGUGACAUGGCGUCGGAACAAGCUGCAACUAAUGGGACUGUCAGCACCGGCAGCGACAACCCUCCUGUAGCUGCAGUGUUGUUUGACAUGGACGGCCUGCUGCUGGACACUGAGUCCGCCUACACGGUGGCGCAGCAGCGCAUCCUGGACCGCUUCGGAGCCGUGUUCACAUGGCAGCACAAGGCGCUCAUGAUGGGGCGGGCGGCCAUGGAGGCGGCGCAGCUGCUGCUGGCGGAGCUGGCGCUGGGCCCGGAGCAGAUCACACCCGAGCAAUUCCUAGCCGAGCGGGACGCGCUGCUGGAGUCCGUGUUCCCAUCCAGCCCCCUCAUGCCGGGAGCCGAGCGCCUGGUACGGCACCUGGCGGCCUGCGGGGUGCCCAUGGCCCUGGCCACCGGCUCCCACCGAGCCUCCUUCCUGCUCAAAACCAGCAGGCACGCGGAGCUCUUCUCGCUGUUCCAACACGUUGUGACUGGGGACAUGGUGCCCAAGGCGAAGCCGGAUCCAGCGAUAUUCCUGAUGGCGCUUGAGGGGUUGAAGCAGCGGCUACAGGGGGGGCAGCAGCAGGCGGGACAGGGGCAGGAGGAGGCGGUGGUGGUGGUAGAGCAGCAGCAGCUGCAGCAGGAGGAGGCUGCGGUUGUGUCGACAAAGAGCAGCUCCUCCUCGGAUGGCGGUGCUGCUGCUGUGGCGAUAACAACCACGGUUGAGGUAACGGCAACCGCCACCGCGGUACCAGCAACACAACCGCCCGCACCAGCAGCACCCCCCGCCGCCAACACCGCCGCGGGCUCGCUCGACGUGUCGCGUGUGCUGGUGUUUGAGGAUGCGCCCAACGGUGUUGCCGCGGCGCUGGCGGGCGGCAUGCGGGUGGUGAUGGUGCCGUACCCGGGGUUGCCGGAGGAGCUGAGUGCGGGGUGCGGGGCCAGUGCGGUGCUGCGGUCGCUGGAGGAGUUCCGACCCGAGCAGUGGGGCCUACCGCCCUUCCCUGAGUGAUAGGGGGGGAGAGGAGGAGGAGGUUAGGUGGCUAGCAUGUAUUAGGUAUGGUGGUUUGCGUGGUGAUCAGGGUUUGUUUUCCUGGGCAUGUGCAGGCCUUGCUUAUGCCUAGAGCGAGCUGGCUGAUAAUUGCUGAUAACCCCUUAAUAUUGUUGGGAGAGUGCAAUAUUGCGCUGCGGCUUUUUAAGCUGUCUAGGCGCACCCGGGCAUACGGUUCGCACGUACUUAUACGUGAACGGAAUGAAGGGAUGGAAUGAUGCACGGUAAAGCGUGCACGGUACGGAUUGCGCCUCGUGGAUUGGUCCUAUUUAGGCAUCUCACACCUGCAAACUGCACGGGUUGCAGGUACUUGAACUUGUGCCCACAGGCUGUUACGUUAUGUGCGGUGCGUAAAGUCUAAUUCCAGGUUCUUUGAGCUCUCAGGCUCUCAGGCUUGUUCAAUUGAGGACUUUCAAGGUGCCCGGCAAGAGCCUCACACCAUCUGCCGCCGCCAGCUAAACUACAGCCCACCUCUCCUUCUUGCUUCCCAUUGCCACGUGGCCAACCGCCGCC